AUGGAGGAUCGCCUUACAGCGCAAAUCACAGGCGUGCAGAAAGACGUAAAAGAUGUGCAGAUACAGCAGGGUGCGAUGACCGAAGCCCUCUUUGAGGUGCUGACGAAGGACUCGUCGCUUGUGCCCAACGUGAAGUUAGCUUCACUCAAGGAGGCGCUCAAAGUCGUUGUCGCGCUUCUGCAGGCGAAUCCCCAGAGCGCACGCCUGUUUGAGCUCAUGGACGUCCAGAGCCACACUCGCGAGAUUGCUGAUCGGCUCUGGGUAAGUCAACACAACGUUGAAAGUUGUGAUCUGUUCAAGGAUGCCGAGGUGGCCGCGAAUGCCUUGUUCGGCGAGAUGGCGAUGCCCGGCUCUGCUCCUACGCUCGACUGGAUGAAAAUCAAGCCAAGUCUCGCAGGCGCUGGCGGGCUGCUCUCGCACCUCGUGGAUCAACCUGCCCUCGAGGCAAAGUUGCGCAUCCUUUGGCCUGACUUUGACAAUCGCGCCCGCCAGGCUGAAGUCUUUGGGGGGCUGCUUCACGAUGCUGCAACGGAGUUCCAGGGCAUGUGCAACAAGGCAACCGACCAUUCUUCCCUGCCAGAGUUGUCUCCCAGCCUUCACGAAAUGCUCUGCGGCAAGCUCGGACUCUUGGUUGCCGUCAGCAUCCACACUCGCUUGAAGCCGACGCUCAAUCUGCAUUUGGGCGAAGUGGAGUGCGAUGCCAUGGCACCACUUGAUGACCCUGUGCAGCCUCAUGUUGGGGUGCAACUGGUGGAGAUCAAGCGCACUCCAAAGCCUGUCAAGGCUGCUCAGAGACAGCUGCUGAUUCGCUCGGCACUGUUCGUUGCGCUCUUCCAGCUGAUGCCGCGGCAGAAGAAGGAGACACAGAUCCCAAUUCACAUUCAGGGGUUCUUCUACACGUCUGGACCCCACGGGCUACGUGAGCUUUACGGUGAAAAGGCCAAGAAAGUGCUCCGUGACGAGUUCAAGAACAAGGUGUUUGGGGACGCGAGGACGGAGACUGACCCAGAGCUGUCGUUCGCCAUCUUCCCUCUGAUUAAGUUCAAGCCAGCGAUACCCUCUUGGGCCACUUUGGUAUUUGUUGCUUCCUCGACCUCCGCUGGGUCUGCUCCUGUCAAGGCUCCUGUCGAGGCUGCUGCCGCUACUCCUGUCGAAGAUGCUGACCCUGGUCCUGCCAAGACUGCUGUCGAUGCUGUUGUCGAUGCUGUUGUCGAUGCUGUUGUCGAUGCUGUCGAUGCGCAAGAUCAGGCGCUUGUCGCUCCGCCUGACGUGGCGCCUGCCGAGGAUGCCGCCGAGGAUGCUGUCAAACUCCUCGCGAAGCGUUGGAAGAAGCCGUCACUCCUGCUGGCGUGCACCCUGCUUCUGAUGAUGCUGCUGCUGGUCCUGCGGACCAAGACCGCUCUUCCACUGAGUAGUUGA